AUGCCCCUCGUGUUAAGAAUCCUUGCUGCACGUGACCCGUUAGCGAGCCGUCUAGACCCGUCUCACUUCUUCGGAUUCUGGUAUAACAUCCGAGUCCGAGGUGGAUGCCGCAAGGCUGUCUAUCUUGCACAGGCUUUCUGCUAUUUUCACAUGCUGUUUUUGACAUAUGGGUCGCAGAUAUUAUUUUAUUAUCUUGAGCCGGGUCCAUUGAGUAGGAGGGAGGCGGUGAUUCUUAAUGCGAGUGCGUGGGCGAUGCUCUGGUGUUAUUAUCGGACUUGUCAUGUUGAUCCGGGGAGGGAAGGGUGGGUUGAUGGGGUGAAGAUUGAUGGGAUAGAGGAGAAGAGGGUUGAAGGUGAAGGUGAAGGUGUAGAAGGGAUGGAGUGGACGAAUGUGAGGUGGUGUAAGAAAUGCGAUGCUGUGAAACCACCGAGGGCACAUCAUUGUAAAAAGUGUAAACGUUGCAUCCCAAAAAUGGAUCAUCAUUGCCCUUGGACCAACAACUGCGUCUCUCACACCACAUUUCCCCACUUCAUCCGCUUCCUCCUCUACGCCGUCCUCUCCAUCACAAUCCUCAGCACCUACCUCUACACCCGCAUCAGCUACGUCGUUUCCGAAAGCACCCUCCCAUCCUACCUCGGACCCUCCACCACCUCCCUCACUUUCCUCUUCAUAAUCUUCUGUUCCACCGGCCUCUCCCUUUUCGCCAUGUCCCUCCUCUUUAUCCGAACCGCCUACUCUCUGGCUACAAACAUAUACAUGAUAGAAGCCUGGGAAAUCGAACGCCACGAUGCCAUUAUCGAUCGCUCGAAGACCCGUAAUAUGCGCGGAUAUGUGUAUGCGAAUGGAGGGCGCAAAGUUCGUGUAGACAAAGUGGAAUUUCCGUUUGAUAUUGGGAUUUGGGAAAACAUCGUACAAGGAAUGGGGACAGCAAAUGUGUUGAUGUGGUUUCUGCCUUUAGCCGGAGGACCAAGUGUGGAGAGUGCGGGAAAAUGGGAGGAAAAUGGUUUCAAUGAUAAAGAAGGCAUGUGGCCACCUCCAGAUCCAGAUAAGUUGGGAAGAAGAGCUGGAUGUAGUGGAGUGGAGACAUAUAAAUUAGACGAGAAGGUAUAUGGAACUGUAGACGAAGAGAGAGAGGCUUUUAAAAAAAGACAAGAGGUAGAUCUAAAACGAUGGAAGAAGGACGACACAAGUACCGUGGGUAAUGGUGGAGACGGAUAUUAUGAAGAAGAGAACGAAGAUGAGGAUGAGGAAUAUGUGAGCGAAUAUGAAGAGGGACUCGAUGGGGAAGAAGGGUGGACCAAUUCGGAGGGUGAUAGAUUGAGGGAUUAUGGAGUAGAUGAAGAAGCGGAAAAUGUGGAUGAGGAUGAUAUACCAUUAGGAGAACUAAUUCGACGACGCAAAGCAAGGAACUUUCAAUCAGAUUAG